AUGAAUGACAUGGAUGGGAAUGGCAACCUCAAGUAUGAUUUACACAUUCCUAAAGGAUGGCAUGACAGAAAGUCAUCGGAUAAUGCCAAAAAAACCACCAAUCGUCUUAAACAAAAAUCAAUUCCAAUGACUAAAAACGAUAGAGCACAAAAAUCACGAGAAAGACGCAGCGGAAUUAGGAAAGCGUUUGAUGAUAUCCGUAAAUAUUUCGUCUCCAUGUCUUAUUCAUGUGAUGACGUAACACGGGAGAACGUAUUAAAAGAAGUUCUUUCUUAUAUGAAGAAAGAGCAAGAUGAAAAAAAACAACUUUGUGACAAAAACGACCGUUUGACGAUUGAAAACGACCGUCUGACGAUUGGAAACGACAGUUUGACGAUUGAAAACGACCGUUUGACGAUUUGA